GCUUGGACAACCUGGCAGUAUCCCAGCCCUCGUGCUUCCUUCGGAUGGCAUGGCAGCUAGGCACCGGAAUGGUACUACAGCUGAACGUCUCUCGUUGAGCUGGAAAACCGCAGCGAAACAUUUGCUCGAGGAACCCGUGCACUCACCAAAAGCACUGCUUUCUCAAUACUGUCAGAGGCUAAAUGUUCCCUCUGUUCAUCAGGAGCUAUUGAAUUUGUGUCAGAUCAGAAAAGACUACCAACAGAGACCGCUGAUGAUGAGUGGCAGAAGUGUGUCACUGUUUGACAUGCAGUAUGCGUCAUCAAAGCUCCACAAUCGCACUUUGCGGACUUUCUAUUUGUCAUUUACAAAUAAAUCACCAUUUUCGCCACAAAAUGCAAAGCGACCUGCAUGGUGCUUCAUAAUAGAAAAAACCAAUCAUUCAACUGUAACAUACUUUCGAUGUCUAGCUGCCAUGUCACCCGAAGGAAACAUGAGGGCUGGAAUACGACUGGGAUACAGCUGGGAUGCCCAAACCUACACAGGAAAAGUCGAGAUGGUCCGAACCAUUGACCUUCCGAAUUUACUGUCGUUUGAGUUCUGGUUCAGGCAUUCUGUGUGCACAGCAUGGUUUGUUGUGAUUUUUUGUUUCGUCAUGACCAUCGUCAUCAUCAUCAUCACCGACAGCAUGUGGUCAGUGUUCAGCACCGAUGCUUCGCUGUCGUACACCCAUGGUUUAUCCGAAAAACUUAUUAUAAAGGAAGGAAUAAAAGUGGACCGGGGGCUUAGUGCUGGCUUACUACAAUCAUUCCGAAUUGCCUAUGUCUCCAAACACUCAUUCAGCCAAUCUGGAUA